GUGCCACGUAGAAAUACUCUUCAUUCAUUAGUUCUUCUCUGUCAGUAGCUGAUCAGUUUACUAGUGUCACGUUCGAUUUAUUAACAGAAGGACCAGCGAAUGAUGGGGUCAGUGCUUUAAAGUGGUAAGGUUGAAGUUAUCCAUGCAGUCGCGUUUUGUUGAGUCCGUACGUCGUCAGGAUCGACCGUGUUCCGUGGAAUACCUGAGACUCCUCCUCUUCGCGCUCUUACUCAUGAGCCAGAAGGCAGCAUCGUCCGCGGACGCCGCGAAGCCGCCACAGAACGUUCUUGUGUUUGGCGGCAACGGUCUGAUGGGAAGCGCCACCGUCACUGCGCUGCGGCGAUAUGCGCCGGACGCCAAUAUCUUCAUCGUCAAUCGCGGGAACUGGUACUGGGACACGUCCGAGAUCGUUAAACCGUACGUGACGCACGUACGCUGCGACAGACAAUCGCUGGUCGAUUGCGCCGCUAUGCGGAAACACGAGAACGUCUUGUUCGACUUGGUGGUCGACUUCAGCGGCUACCGUCCGUCGUUUAUUCGUAGCGCCACACAGUUGUUGAAGGGACGCGUUGGUCUUUAUGUCUACAUGAGCACGGACUCGGUGUACGAGGUGUCCAUAGAUAAAACACACGACGGACUCAGCGUGGAAACGGAUGCAAUACGACCGGAGGCGGCAGAAGAACGGCGCAGAUUGAAUGAGGCAGAUAGCUACGGUCAUGAGAAAUUCCAAGGUGAAGAGGAACUGGCAGCACAGGUGAAUAAGUACGGUGGAUUCCCUUACGUUGUCCUGCGACUGCCAGACGUCAUAGGUCCGAGGGACAACACAGGUCGCUUCUGGCCCUAUCAGAUGUGGAUCAAGUAUCAGCAGUUCCUGGAGACCCCCAUCACACUGCCGUCGGAUAUCGCCGGUCAGCCGAUGAGUCUAGUGUUCUCCGAGGAUGUCGCACGUGCAGUCAUCGACUCGUGGCAGGCGGGGAAGAAGGUUCACAACCAGGCGAUCAACCUCGGUUUUGACGAGGACACGUCGCUCAUGAAUUUCCUGCAGCGAAUUCAGCGCCAUCUAGGAGUGAAAGAUGGCGACGCUUCGUACGAGCUCGUUCCUUCCUGCGUUCAUUUGUUUCCGUCCGUCACAAGGGGCCCCGUUGACAUCAGCAAGGCAAAGAAUCUGAUUGGCUGGCAGCCAACAUCGUUAGACGAUGCAAUCAGUAAAACCGUGCAAUUCUACAACGCAGCGGAGACGAGGUUUGCAAGCGAGCGGGACGACGUAUUCGAAGAUCUUUCGCGCUGGGUGAUACGCGACAAGGGGCGGAGGAAACGAGCGAUGGCCACCUUCGUGCAACUCUUCGAAGAGCCGCAAACAGGCAAGCGUGACUCUGAACCAGCCGAUGGAAGCAGCGGUGGGACAAAAAGACAGAAGACUGAGGAGCUGUAAUGCACACACGUGGCGCCAUCUAUGUUCGCUAACGGAAUAAAAUGCACUAUGGGGGAUGGAUGAAGAGAAAUGCACGAGGGAUGAGAAUGGUAGAGUUCCAAGAUGAAAUUUUUAUACUCAUAGAAUUGUAUUUUUACUCAUAACGCCAAAGGAGAUUAUAUAAUGCACGUUUUUACACACAUUGUAUUUGCAGAGAAUCACUGUCUAAGAUGGCCUAAUAAUCCUCAUUGAAAAGCUUUGUAAGGCAGUAUAAAGAUUAUCUAUAGUCAAAUUCUUCUGCUGCUCACCAAUGUUAUACAUGACAAUCAUUACAGUUUUGGGGGUCGGUUGUGCCGUGUAGUGUGAACAUUUUCUAUAUCAGUAACAGAGUUACUAAAUGGUUAUUCAGCUUUUGUAUCCAGUAUAUUUUAUAACAGCAAUCGUAAAUGAUUAUAAUUUGUGGGCAGUGCGAUUACAUGAAUUCCAUGUAUAAGCCCUAAGGGUAACACGUUGAUGAAAAUGUUGUUUUGUGUCAAAUCUGACGGACUGCAGACCAGUACGUUACUUUGGCGUGGCUCUGGUGACUAGUUAAGGGUUUUGGCACAAUACAGCAAACUUGCCUUAGACGAUUUAUGUUUUUUCAGCAAGACCUAUGUUAAUCAUAUCUCAGUUGGAAAUUUUUUAUACGAGAGAGCAUUUAUUAAAUAAAUCUAUGGUAUACAAGAUGAAAAAAAGA